GUCAACAGGCACGACAGUGGGCACCGGGUCAUCAGGUACCGGAUUGUCUGGCUCGACAGCGGGCAUCGGGUCAUCAGGUAUGACAGCGGACACUAGGUCACCAGGCAUCAGGUCAUUUGGCUUGCCAGCGGGCACCGCGUCAUCUGGCAAGGCAGUGGGCACCGAGUCACCAGGUACGACAGCGGGCUCUGAGUCAAUUGGCACGACAGCGGGCACCGGAUCAGGUACCGGAUCAUCUGGAUCAACAGCGGGCAUCGAGUCAACUGGCCUAAUAGGAUCGUCAGGCUGGAUCAGUUCAUCAUGCUGGAGGCAUCAGGCCGAGUAGAGGCAUCAGGCCGAGUAGAGGCAUCAGGCCGAGUAGAGGCAUCAGGCUGAAGAGAGGCAUCAGGCCGAGUACAGGCAUCAGGCCGAGUAGAGGCUUCAGGCCGCGUAGAGGCUUCAGGCUGAGGAGAGGCUUCAGGCCGCGUAGAGGCAUCAGGCCGAGUACAGGCAUCAGGCCGAGUACAGGCAUCAGGCGAGUACAGGCAUCAGGCCGAGUAGAGGCAUC